AUGGCAGACUCAUGGGAUGAAUUGGCAGGCGAAAAUGACCCAAAUCAGAUUGCGCAUGAUGAGGCUUUGCUAGGCACAAACAAUAUUGGAGUUGCAUCCAUUGCUCCUGAUAUCUAUCAUGUUUAUGACUCUGAUGAUGCAAUGACAUCAGAUGAUGAAUAUCACGAGGCUAGAGCUAAUCUACGUGCAUAUGGUGAAGGGAGGAAAAGGAGAGUGAUUACAAGAGUGGCUGGUGGUGGUGAAGAGGUAGACCAACUUGAGAAAUUCGAAGAAGAUGACUCUGACAACGGGGAGGAGGAAGGAGAAGAUGAUGAGCCAUCUGAACAACCUCAGCCACCUCAAGAAGGUAAUGGGGAGGGCUCUCAGCAUUCGAACUACACGUUGUCAGAAGACUCAGAUCAUGUAAGGGGCAACUUGUCAAAUGAGGAGGGUGAUGAGUUGCAUGAUGAUUCACCACGGUAUGAUCCACUCUGCAACCACAAGACACUCCCGUUUGUGUGUAAAAUGAAAUUCUAUGGGGUAGAGCAGUUCAAAGAUGGUGUUGUGAGACAUGUUGUAGCACAUGGUGCAUGUCUGAGAUGGAUUCGGAGCAACCCUACGAGGAGAGAGGUGAAGUGUAAGGAUGACAACUGUCCAUGGAAGUUGUAUGCAAGCUGGUUCAGGAAGGAUAAAUGCUUCAUGAUAAGGAAAGUGGGGCUGCCACACUCAUGUGCAAGGCGUCUCUCGGUUAACCAAGUCACAACAAAGUGGAUAGCCUCAGAUAUGUUAGAGACAUUCAGAAUUAACGCAGAGUGGGCUCCGGAACAGAUUAUGGCUGAGGUGAAGUUAAAGCACAACAUGGAGGUGAAGAUGAGAACUUGCUACAAAGCUAAAUUAGAGGCUAAUAAGAUAUUAAGUGGCUUCUUGAGUGAUGAGUAUAACGUGAUUAUGAGGUAUGUUGCUGAGCUGAAGAAGAGAGAUAGGGAAGGUCGUUUCCAGCUGGAAGUAGAUCCGCACCCAGACGAGGAUAAUUGCUUAUUCAAGCGUUUAUAUGUUGGUUUUUCCUGCUAG